AAGACUCCCACCCACUCAUUCUUUCAAUCAUAACACACCCAACUCCCACACAAACACAAGGGAAAUGCAUCUCUCUCUCUUCAUAAAUCCAUAGCCCAACUUCCUCUAUAAUAAUAAAAAUAAAAAACCACUAACACACCCCACUUCCACCCCAGUUUUGCCCGACCAGUCUAGUCCCAUCCUCAUCUUUCACAUUAUUUUGUACGUUUCUCUCCUCUCUCUCUCUUGUUGUAAUAAGUUAUAAUAAUUCCUAUUUUUCAUCUUCCUUCUUUGUCUUUGUACCCAUUUUCUUUAUAAGAAUUCUUAAUCUCUAAUACCAUCUUUGCUUAUUUCUCUUGUUAAAGAAAGAAAGAAAUUCUACUUGAUCUGGCCUUACUUUAUAUCUUCCAAGAAUUCUAACCAUUAAAAGAUGUCAUUGGACCUCGGUUCUGAACGAGUUUGUUAUGUCCACUGCAGCUUCUGCAACACCAUUUUAGCGGUUAGUGUUCCAAGUAGCAAUAUGUUCACUCUUGUGACUGUAAGAUGUGGGCAUUGUGCCAAUUUGCUGUCCGUGAACAUGGGAGGAGCUUCACUUCAGACAUUUCCUCCUCAAGAUUCUCAGUCACCAGAAGUGCAAUUAAACUCAGAAGAUCUGAACAAGGAUUGUGGGUCAUCUUCCAAAUGCAACAAGGUCACUGCAUUUGAAUCUGCAGACCAUGAGCCACCUAGAAUGCCUCCCAUCCGCCCCCCAGAGAAGAGACAGCGUGUUCCUUCUGCAUAUAACAGGUUCAUCAAGGAGGAAAUUCAAAGGAUUAAGGCUAGUAAUCCUGAUAUCAGCCACAGGGAAGCUUUUAGUACAGCAGCAAAAAAUUGGGCACAUUUCCCUCACAUUCACUUUGGGCUGAAACUGGAUGGGAAUAACAAGCAUGCAAAAUUAGAUCACCAAGCAUUUGCAGGAGAGGGUACUCAAAAAUCUAGUAAUGGAUUCUAUGAGAUCAAUGGUACCCUCUGAGUUAGAAGAAAAUAUAUAUAUAUAUAUAUAUAUAAUGAAUUAGUUAUUAAUAAGAUAGGUUUUCCUAUAUAUGUAUGAUAACAAAUAAUAAUUAAUAACUUGAAGAUAAAAAUGAGAGGUUGAAAAUGAAGUUUCUCUUCCUAACCAAAUAGGAAAAGUCUUCUUGAAAACCUCAUGACUUCAAUUUUUUUUUUUUUUUAUUUCUAUUUUCAUAUGAUUAUAUAAAAAGAGAGAGUGUGUGUGUGUGUUGCCCUUUUCUAACACUUUAAGAAGGGACUGCUAUUCUAGUGAUUAUUGCAUUUAUGUUUUGGAACUUUUAUUCUAAGUUUAAGUGAACAACAUUCUGUAUAAA